GGAGGAUCGUGACUCAUCGGUUCGAGGGGAGAGGAGAUGCGUGUGAAGGUGUACAGUUCGGUGAGUCGGCACACGGAGAUCUGCACGUCCAUCGGCUGGUGCCGGGGCGGACGCACAGGCGAGCUUUGGAGCUGCGGAGGUACGCACACAACUCAACUCAACACACACACAGACGGACGAAGGAUGGACACAGAGGUGCUUCGCGUCAACGUGUGUGUGUCCGUGUAGAUGACAAGGCGUUGUGGAAGUGGAACGCCGACGGCUCGCCCAACGCGAAAAUCGCUGAUCUGGAGGUAAGUACAGCACAUAUAUAUAUGGAGGAGGCGCCGCGCGGGUCUGUCUGUCUGUCUGAGUUGUGCCAUUCAUCAUAUCAUGUGUUGUGUGUGUGUGCAGGUGUACCCAGCGAUGCUGCAGUGGGCGCCCAGCGGCGAUGUGCUGGCCAUAGGUGCGGUGUGCGUGUGCAUCUGCAUGCGGAGAGGGGAUGACGGCCAUGCAUGCCUAUGGCUGUCUGUCUGUGUGUUGUGUGCAGCGUGUACGGAGGGGAGUCUGCGGCUGUAUACGCGUGCGGGUAAGGAGGACAAGAAGGUGGAGGCCCACACGGGGGCCGUCAUCGCACUGAGGUGGAGCCACGACGGGUCGGCACUCGCUACGGCCGGAGAGGACGGCCUACUCAAGAUAUGGUCCAGGUCAGACAGACAGACAGACAGACAGACAGACGAUCUGCGCCAUCCAUCCACAGGCAAUCAGAUAUCUGUGUGUCUGUGCGGCUGCGUGCCUGUCUGUCGGCGUGCAGGUCGGGGAUGCUUCGUUCGACGUUGCUGCGUCUGCCGGCGUCGAUUUAUGCGGUGGCGUGGAGCGGCGACAACGAGAAGGUCGCCAUCGGCAGCUAUCGCAGGUGCCCACACUAGGCAACCAACACGGAUACAUACCAUACUCUGUGUGUGUUGUGUGUUUGUGUUUGUGUGUAGGGUAGUAGUGCAGUCACUGCAGCCAGGCCGUCGGCCGCAGGAGUGGAAGGCACACGAGGGGGUCGUGCUGCAGGUAAGUACUUACUUAUCGGCGUACAGGGGGAGGUGUGUGGGCGCAUAUAUGCGUGCAUAUGUGUGUGUGUGUGUCCACAGGUGGACUGGUCAGCGGUCACGAGUCAGAUCCUCAGCGGCGGAGAGGACUGCAAAUACAAAAUCUGGUACGCACAUACAGUCGCUUGCACGUCGGUCGACAAACACACACAGCGUUCGUGUAAUUGUGUUGUGUUAUGCAGGGACAGCGACGGCCGUCUGCUGUUCACCUCGGCGCCCCUGGAGCAGGUCACCACAAGCCUCGCAUGGUCACCUAACGGACGAUGGUUUGCGGUAAACACGCUACGCUGCCACACACGCAGAGAGAGAGAGAGAGAGAUGCACGUGUGUGUGUGUGUGCCCAUACAUACCUUCACUCACAGGUGGGAUCGUUUGGCGUGAUCAAGCUGUGUGACAAGACGGGGUGGUCCUACGCUAGAGAGGCGCUCACUCACAGCGGAUCGGUGUUCCAACUCGCAUGGUGGGCGCCUUGCGACUCCACAUCCCCCCUUCCCCCCCCAGCACACAACUCGAUGUAUCAUUUAAUCUGUGCGACAUGCAUGUGUGUGUGUGGUUGAAUGUGAUGAUGUAGGUCAGAGGACAGCACCGUGCUCGCCGGCGCGUGUGGCAGCGGGCAGGUACCCCAUCAGACACACGAGCACCUAGACACACAUACUAUCCACGUUGAUGCGUUCGUUCUUAUGUAUGUGUCCAGGUGGUCUUUUCCCAUCUGAGCGACCGCGUGGUGUCCUGGGCCCACCUGCAGGCUACACUCAAACAAGACAACACCGUCGAAAUCAAAGUAAACGAACGGCUGUUGUCGGGCGCGGCGCACGUGUGUAUGUGUGUGUGUUCCAUGCGCACAGGACACCAUCGCCGAGACGACGGACGAUUUGGAUUUCCGCGACCGGGUCAUCGACAUGUCAGUCGGCCACGGAGCCCUCAUCGUCACGACGGCCACACAGUGCUCCAUCCACCAGGUAUGGAGUACACACAAAGCAAAGCAAAUGGCCUUCUCUACACGUGUGUGUGUGUGUGUGUGUGUAGUCGCCGCACUGGUCGCCGCCACACGUGUUUGACCUGAAGGACCUGCCGCUGUUGGUGCUGCAGUCCCCGUACCACUUCUGCAUCGUUGACAGAGAUGGCAUACAUGUACCCAACACACCAUUUAUCCAUCCAUCCAUCGGGGUGUGUGUGUGAGACAGCUGUACACGUACGAGGGCCGGUUGCUGAGCACGGUCAAGUACAAGGGCCUCCGCACCGACGUCCUCAACCCCCUCACACUCUCCAUCGCACGUGACGCCGUCUGCAUGGUGGGCAUUCCCUCUCCAGACACACUCACAGAGAGAGAACCUGUCUGUUGUGUGUUGCUGGACUGGAUUUGUGUCGUAGGUAGACGCCUCCACGCCCAAGUGUGUGCGGGUGUUUGACGUGCAGUCGGGCAGACCGCUGGGGCAGCCAAUCGAACACAAGAUUGACAUCAUCCAGGCAGGAAGGAAGGCACCUCACCUCGGGCAGCUCAGCUCCCUCCUUACCUACCGCCCAACACACACACACACGUGUCCAUGCCGCCUGUAUGUAUGUGUGUGCAGGUGGCCGUGAACCAGCACGGGAGCGGUGCCGACCGCCGUGUGGCCAUCCUAGACAAAAACAAGGACCUCUACAUCACACCCGCACACCGCACACAGUGGUUCGUGCCCACACAGAGAGACAGAGAGAGAGAGAGAGAGAGAGAGAAACCAAGGACACACAGAUCUCACAUCAGGGGGGUUCGUGUGGUUGUGUUGUGUGUAGGGUAAAGUUGUCGUCGAUGGUAGACACGUUCAUGUGGCACGACCUGACCGACAUGAUGGUGGCGAUAUGUGGCGGCGGGGACAACAGCAUGCACUGCUGGUUCUACCCGGCCGCAGUCUUCGUCGACCAGGACCUGCUGCCGCACACUAUGGUCAGGCUGACACAGCCAUGGAUGCGUGUGUGGGGGGGAUAUGUGUGUGUGUGUGUGUGUGUGCAGACGACAAAGGAGGCGAUAGGGUGCGGCAAGAUGUGUCAGCUGGUGUCCUUUUCGGGCUCCCACUGCACCAUCAGACGAAGGUACACAGACAGACCACGCCCAAACCCCUGAUACCCACAUGCAGCUGAGUUCCUGUGGUUGUGUGUUGGGUGCAGCGACGGUGCGUAUCAGGCGUUGUCUGUCUCGCCCUACCCCCAGCUGCUCUACCAACAAGUCGAGAAGGGGCAAUGGUACACGACAGACACCCCCAACGCAUCCCCAACACCCACACCCCCGAAUGCACCAAGUACAUGUGUGUGUAGGGACAAGGCGAUCCGCGUGUGUCGAUUCGUCAAGUCGCCACCCCUCUGGGCGGCACUCGCAGCCAUGGCCCUGCACGCACGGUAGGCGGGCCACGUGGGGAUACCGACCUACCGAUGCACUCACUGCACACAACGGACGCACUCAUCCAUUUUGUCUGUCUUCGAUGCAGAGAGCUGACAACUGCCGAGAUCGCCCUCGCGAGCAUCGACGAGGUGGCUAAGGUACGCACUCACGCACUCGUCUGGACGUGGUGGACGGUGGAUAGUGGAUGGACGGUGUGUACGCCACGCCCAGGUGCACUUCAUCACGUCGCUCAACGAGCUGGCGGACGACACCGUCCGGGCGGCUGAACUCGCGGUGCGUGUGGGCAGGGCACAGGGGACCGACAUCCAUCUAUCCACACGUGAGGGAGUGUAUGUGAUGUGGUUGUGUAGUUGUUUUGCAAGCGUCCCGAGGAGGCGUUGGGUUUGCUGCUGCAGCAGGGCAAGGUCUACCGCGCCAUCGACAUGAACAUCCGCCUGCAGAGAUGGGAGGUGAAUGAGCACACCAACGCACUGCACCCCAAAGCACCCCUCAACCCAGGCACACACGCACCCAUGUGUGUCUGUGUGUGUCUGUGUGUGUCUGUGUGUGUCUGUGUGUGUCUGUGGAUGAAUGGCCACACUAGGCUGCGUUAGAUUUGGCCCAGAAGCACAAGGGCUACGUGGACGUAGUGCUGUCGAUGCGGCACAAGUUCCUGCAGGACAUGAACUACGACGAGACCAACCCCAAGUUCAUCAAGGCCACCAAGGUACCGACACAACAGAACAGAACAGAACAGAACCACUCUCCCCUCUGCACACACACAAUGUUCAUGUGUGUGUGUGUGUGUGUGUCUGUGUUUGUGGGCUGGUUGCGUGCUUGCAGGAGGUGUCAGUGGAUCACGCUGCUGUUGCGGCCAAGAUAGCAGCGGAAGAGGAGAAGGACAGGCGGCAGGCGGAGGGCAAUUAACUGACCGACCGACCGAUAGAUAGAAGCGUCGAUCCGUUCGUUCGUUCGUUCGAACUGUGUAUACGUGUCUAUGUAUGUGUAUCCGUUUGUCUGUCGGCCUGCCCGUCUGCCCGUCGGUCGGUCUGUAUGUGUCUGUUGAUAUAUAGGCGAUGGGUGUGCGUACGAGUGUGCUUGCGUUGCGUAGCGUGGACAGACCAGACCAGACCGUCUGUCCGUCAGUCAGUCAGUCACAUCACAGAACCAUUCAUGCGCACAGGCCAUGAACGAAG